CAUCUCCAAUGCGGGGUCUAUCACCAUAAAAUACAUACCUCCAUGUCAUGGUUUUUCAGCCCCUCCUUGAACUCUUGGUGACGAUUUACCUAUAUCCAUAGAUGAUCUGUCCGGAACUGACGCCCGAGAUCCUCGACCCCUCCCCUGGCCCUAUCGGCUCUUCGUCUCUUAGUUAUCCUUUUCUCUCCCUUCCACCUCCUUUUCUCCCCUUACCCUCUUUCCCUCUCCGCCUGACCUUGAUCAUCUUUUGCCCCCUUUUAUUUCUCCCACAUCACCAACAAGUCAUAGCUUCAGACUCGGCCCAAAGACCUGCCGAUCAUCGUAAGCUCGUUGCUCCUUGUCCUUUGCCCUGGUACUUAAUAUGUCAGUCUGAGAACUAAUCGUCCUGUCUACCUUGUAUCGUAUAGUCACGAGAUCGAGUCUGGUCCAAUUGAUUAUCACAGACGAAUCAAGGCCCAAACAAUCCAACUGGGAAAGAAAGUCAAAACGAAGGGAACAAAAAUAAAAUAAAAACCGAGAU